AUGGUUAAACUUCAUCUUUGUGUUUUUAUCAUCUUAAUUUAUUUAUUAGAAUUUGGUUUAAGCGAUGUGAUUGAAGUGCCGCCAUUGAACAUUAAUCAAAAGGAUCUUAUGAAGCAUUUAUCAUUAAUAGAUAUCAAGAUUGCUUUGCCAGCUAUUUAUGUAUUCGGUGACUCUUUUGUUGACAAUGGAAACAACAAAGCAAUUUUGGGAAAUAAAGAUGCAAUUGGAGGAGGUUAUUUGCCAUUUGGAAUUGAUUUUGAUGGAAAACCUACUGGUCGAGUCACCAAUGGUAGAAUUGGGGUAGAUUUCAUUGCUACAGUGGCAGGUUUGCCAUACCCACCACCAAUUAUGGGUAUGUCUAAGAUAGACAGAAAAAGAAUUCAAACUGGUGUUAAUUAUGCAUCAGGAUCUUCUGGACUUCUCCCUCAAAAUGGACAUUUUUUGCAUAAGAAUGUCAUCAACUUCUUUCAACAAGUUGACUUGUUUGAGAACACCACAAUGGAAGACUUGAAAGGUAAAUUUGAUAGCUAUAAAGGCUUUACUCAAUACCUUUCCAAGUCUCUAUUUUUCAUCCAUCACGCAGGCAAUGACUUAGGUCUUACCUUUGAAGCUGAAAUGGCAAAAAAGUACUCUAUUGAUAAAUAUGCCAAACUUCUCAUUAAAGAGUUUUCCAAGCAAUUGAAGAGAUUAUAUACACUAGGUGCUCGCAAAUUUUUUGUAAGCAAUGUAUCACCAUUAGGAUGCUCACCAUUUAGCAUAAAUACAAAAAAUCACAGUGGGCCAUGUGUCGAAGAAAUAAACAAUCGUGUAUCGAUUUACAAUGAGCUCCUUCCUAGUUUGUUGAAAAAUUUGCAAUCCACUCUUUCAGGCUCUAAAUUCGUUCUUGGAGAUAUUUACAAGGUAUUUAAAGAUGUGUUUGAAAUGCCUGAAUCUUAUGGAUUUAAGGAUGUGAACACUUCAUGCUGCAUUGAUAAUAAUGGGACUAAAAUUCAAGUUUGUGCUCCAAAUAUUGCUCCAUGUAAAGAUAGGAAGACUCGUGUGUUCUUCGACCCAUUCCACCCAAGUGAAACCAUGCAUUUCCUUUGGGCUAGGCGUUUCUUGAAGGACUCCUCCGUUUGUUCGCCUAUCAACUUGAUUCAAUUAAUGCAGGCAUAA